GUAAUGUAAGGAUGGACAUGUGUGUGGGCAUAAAGCAUGUCACUUCUGGCACUGAAAUCCGCCUGGAAGCUUGUAACAAAGGACGCAAUAGUGAUACGUGGGGAGCCAGACAGGUGUUCACUCUGGGUUGGAGAGAAGAUAUACGCCCUGGGAUCCCACAGCACACUAUGAAGUCUUGCUUCGAUGCCGUGUCGCAAACUAGCCCUGUCACCCUCUUUGACUGUCAUGGCAUGAAGGGCAACCAACUGUGGAAAUACAGAAGGGAUAAGACUGUGUAUCAUCCGACUAGCAACAGCUGCAUGGAUUGCAAUGAGGGCGAGUACAAGAUCUUCAUGAAUAAGUGCAACCCCUCCUCCCCAACGCAACAAUGGACUUUUGAACACAUCAAUUCCACUAUACUAGAGGCCUUUAACAGAAACAAGGACUUAUAAUAGAGGGAGAAAUAUACAGAUAUAAAUAGGAAUAUAUAUAUUUUAAAUCUA